AUGCUGGUUCCAAAUUCAGCCCUCCUCAAGCCCAACUGUGAUAUAACAGAAUCAAGUACAUUUUCUGCCACCAUGUGUUCCACAGCCGGAGGUAUUCCAAAGCCAUUUGGCGAGAUGGACAAUUCCUCAGCAUAUUCAGACGCAUCGACCAGGAUGACCCCAUUCGAGACGUUUCAGACAUCAAAAAGACGCACGGGGAACAGGAUGAGUCUAUUCAAAAAUGAACUGGAUGAGAGCGACACGGAACAUGAACAUCGUAUUCAAAAGUCAACUGGAUCCACAUCUGCUCCGCAAUAUCAGGAACCGCAUCCAAGACAAGGCGUUCUUUCUGCGUACAAGCCAGUUUACAAUUUCGACGAUGAGUACCCGAGUGGAACAGUGGCCCAUUAUGCAGAUGCCAGUUUUGAAUCGGUAUCUCACAGUCAGCCGACUGCCGAAUGUCCACGCUGGUCCAAUGCGCUGUCGCAAGUGGCGGCCGUAGCAGCUGCUGCAAUGGUCUGUGCUUCUGUCGGAGACGCAGAUCGAAACAGACCGCCUAGCUUGGGUCGAGAUCACCAGCAACAACAACAACAACUGCACCAGGAUGCAGUAGCCGAAAAAUCCACUUGUUCCACAGUGGAUUCUGUGGAAAAGAGUCAACCGUAUUUCCACACGAAGGGAGAUAUGAUGUCAGUUAGAGAUCCUGCUCAAACAGUGUACUAUGUGGAACCCACGUCCAGUAACUUUGGGCAUGACAUGAGCAAGGAGUUUACUCAUUCCUUCCAAAAAAUACAGUCCUGCGUUGAAACGGAAUCGCUCCUGAGAAACAAUCAUGAUUAUACCACAUUUUUGAACAACACCGGAUCAAAAGGUAACUAUGUAGCAUGUGACGAGAGAAUGAAUAACUUUCAACUUCUAGAAACCAAAUAUCUAAUGGAGAUGAACAGAACCGAUAAGAACAAUGAAAUAAGAACCUAUGGUAAUGCAGUGGUACAGAGUACAGUGGAGAAAGACUCUGAUCUUUUGAGUAACGAUCGCCUGUUUGUCAACCCGGGAAACACUUCUCCACACUUCUCCGGAUCACCACGGGUAUCGUCGAAUAAGACGGCUAAUUCUGAACAGAAUAGCGAUGCCCGCAUGAAGCAGCAGGCACAUGAUGAACCGCACUGCCACUCGGUGUUACAGACAGACUGCGCUAGUAGUGAACAGGUCGAAAAGAUGGCUGUUUCAGAGAGCAAGUCGAAUGGACUGAGUGGGACAGUGGGAAGGAGUGCAUUCAAUUCAAACCGGUCGGAAAGUCUGUUUAAAACGGCUUCACAUGCAGGUACAUAUUACGAACAAGAACGGACGCACCCUAACGACCCAACCAUGAGUAAUAACAAACAGUUCGCCAGAAACAGACUGUAUACAAAGACAACCUGUCCAGAUGAGCUGUUUCACACGCAUGAUCUAUCCAACAUGGAUCCGGAAUCUGUGUGGCACUCUGCAUCUAGUCAAACAUUCUCAGCCAAUAAUCCAAUCAAUUCCAGAAUUUCAAACACCCCACAUGACAUCUCCAAUGAUUUAGCACGUAAACAAGCAACACUGUCAGACUACUCUGACAAACACGUAACGACAACAUCAACAAAUCUGUUGUACGCCCCUCUAAACUAUGCCAAUGAGCCCAGGCCCCCAAGUUACUAUCCAACAGAUUCGGUUAGGCAAGAACCCAGUUGGGAUGCUCCCUCUCCCGCCCCUGGGCUGGAACAUAUUCACGAUCGGUUUACUCUAAGUCCUCUGUCUUAUCUCUCCGCAUCCAUUUUCCCUGCGACCAUUUACAACGAGUCGCAUCAGUCUCGAGUGGAUGCAUCUUACCUGGCAGCGCAGCAAGCUCUGUUGGCUAGCUACCUUCAACGAGAAGGCCAUGCCUCCGACGCACAAGUUUUACACCAUUUUAUGGAAAACCAACUGGACGAACAGUGUUCCACCAAAGCCCCUCACCUUUUUCCCUAUUCGUCCGAAUCAUUGUAUGAAGAUGUCGGUGCUCACUUGGACUUGCCAAAAGAGCAUUUUCGUUCAUUCAACGGCGAAAGGACUGUAAAUCAUUGUUACACAGAUACGAAACCUUCUCGACAUUAUGAAUCAGACAUUUCUAAGCCCUCUUCGGACAGCGAAUCUACCAGUUAUCAUUCUGAGUUGGGCGAACUGCCCCAUCUACAACGCUAUCUAUCGAAUCGCACUGAGUUGGAACAUGGGAUGCAGGCUCUACAAUCUCGUUACUGCACAUCCAACGCGCAGCAUUCCGACACUGCCUCACGCAAUGCACUUCCACCAGUAGACUUUUCCCUUCAUUUGCCCAGUUCACAACCUUCACAAGAUUUCCCCCCAUACUAUAUUGAUUUCGACGCAAAACAUCGUCUUGCUUACAAUUUGAGUUCUCUGACCUACCGACGACCAUCCAGUGUGACCAGCCCGAUUGAACAACAACGACACAUGACCAGUGAUAGUUCAUCUUCUGACCCGCUGACCAGUUCACCUGCCCUUCCCCGAGCUAUGAGCUGCAAGGUCCCGACUUUUCCAACCUCUUCCGGUAUGAUGUCCGUCAAGCAAAUCGAUGUGGAUUUCAACCAGCAGUGCCUUGUCUGCGGAGACAGCGCUGCUUGUCAACACUACGGAGUGCGAACCUGUGAAGGAUGCAAGGGAUUCUUCAAAGUGAGUCACCCGAUUCGAAACGUGUUGACGAUAUUCUCUGUUAGAUAG